UAAAAACUUUGGUCACGUGGAAACGGACACAGCUUACGUGUAACAACUUUGGUUACGAGGAAAACAAACUUCCAUCGUCGUUUAAAAUGACGGCGUUGUAGAUGUGUUGGAAUGUGAGUCAUAUAAAUUGUGUGUGGGAAAGGGCGGUUUCCGGUAAUGUGGAAGCAGUGGCUGAGCGAAGAUGUUUCGAUCGAUGUGGACAUACAUUUAUUGGCUUUUAAGACCGGCAGUUAAGUGGAUCCUAAGGAAAACUACGAAGUUGUGUGAGCUUCAAAGGAUAUGUUACGGAGAAAAGCCUGGGGCUCCACGCGCCCAUGGUGUGGAAUUCUCCUUACGCUACUCACGAAAUCAGUCUAUUAGGAAACUGCUGGAUGUACUGGAUCGCCAGUGUGACUCUAAACUCUUCAUAACGGAGAGAAAAAGUCUCGUUCCCUUCGCCGUUAAUACUGUAGCCAGUGCGAAGGAAAUCAAUCUCCAUAUUCAUAGACAGUUCAUAAAAUCGUUUAGUACUUGUAUAGAACAAAUUUGGGGCUAUCGGGAACUAAUACACCACGUAGAGUCACUGAGGAAGACGUGGUACGACGCAUCUAACUUAGAACAUGAAAGGAAACUACUAAGGUUGUGGGAGCUACUGAUGCCCGACAAACCUUUGGAGUCGCGUGUUACAAAGCAGUGGCAGGAUAUCGGUUUCCAGGGGGAAGACCCCAAGACGGACUUCCGCGGCAUGGGUCUCCUGGGGCUCGAGAACCUGAUAUACUUUGCCCAGGAGUACCCCGGGGCCGCGUGCCACGUGCUGUCUCACUCGCACCACCCCCGCUACGGGUACGCCUUCGCCAUUGUCGGCAUCAACCUGACUAGCAUGGCCUACCACAUGUUGAAGGACGGCACGGCCAAGACACACUUCUUCAACGUCGCCCGCAGCUGCCCCGCCAUAUCGUCCUUCCACCAAUUCUACUGCUUCCUGUUCUACGAGUUUGACAGGUUCUGGAUAGAGUCCAAACCUGAGAAUGUUAUGGACUUUGCACGUAUCAAGGAGCGUUUUGAAAGUGCCAUCCGCACAUCUCUCACUAACCCAAGUACAAUUUUCAGGUUGAACAUAUCAGUAGAUAAUAUAUAGUUAGGUUACCUGGAGCGGCUAGUGACAUUCGCUAGAAUUGUUACCUCUCCUUUUGCACAUUUCUUCCCUGUCCUUUCUUGCCAGAAAGUUGUCACCAGGAUGCAGAAUGUGGCACGGAUGGGCUUUCAGAUUUGAAGUUCCUCAAAAGAAAAUCACAAAGUCUCUUAACAAGAAUGAGUUGUAGAGUGUCAUAUGAUGUGAUAUAAUGGUCAUCAUCUCCACCAAAGUUUUACUUAUUAUGCAGGCUUGGCUAUUUUUUUUCUUUUGACAUAUCAUGUAUAAUUAACUAUUGUUUUUAUUUGAAUUUUAUUGUAUCGACUUUGGUUAUUGUAAGACUGUAAGAUUCCAUUUGUGCUUAUUUAUUUGAUUUUGUUUGCACUUUUUAAAUAUCCUCUUAAGUUCUUACUUUUUCAAGUACGAGACUGUUGCGUUAUACAGGUCGCGACAAAUAGUAUUUCAGUAAUUGAGAAUGCACCGUGUUAAAUGUGUUCAUAGAAUCUAUGAGAAUUAUUUCCUCUUAGUAUUUAAGAUUGCAAAGACCUCUGACAGUGUGGUCAGAGCUAACUUGUGUGUGUUAUAUUUAUUAUGUGAUAUUUUUUUGUGGCUGUGGAUACUAGAAAAAUAUUGCCUGUGCAUGACUUUGAAAAAUAGAAUACAUGCAUUCAGGAUGGAAAUAAUAAAUGAAUGGAAUAUUUCUGUGUUCAAUAAACAGAAAAGAGAUGCUUAUUAAUAAU